AUGGCGGCGAAGCUGCUGGUGCUGCUGCUCCAGCCUCUACUCGUCGGCAGCGCCGAUGGCUGUAGCCCUGAGCUCCUGCGCCGGGAGUCUGGGAAAUACUUUCGGCUGCUCGAGGAUGACGAGCGUCGAACGACAUGUUCGGAGAUCACCGACGGCCAAUGCCCCAUCGCGGUCCCUGUGUUAGGGAAUCCUUGCUUGGUAAGCUGCGUUGCCUCCGAGACAGAGUGUGCGACGAUCAACCCUCACACAGCAGGCAUCAAUCCCUCCGAAGAUCCGCAGCUGUGCUCAACUUGCGACAUUACUGCGUGCAGGUUUUGCACUUUCGAGCAAGGGGCGGCAACUUGCCACUCGUGCUUCGAUGGCUUUGAGCUGAUAGAGCACGCAGAUGGCACGCAGGAGUGCAUAGUCUUUGGGCAGACCGCCAUCGUCUACAUCGCGUAUAUUUUGAUGACAGUUAUUCUGGCAGCAGUUUUGCUGGUACUGGCUGGCACCUGCUAUGUUGCUGCCGCGCAGCACAUGAAGCGAACUUGGUCAUCACCAGCUCCGGAUCUAACGGCUGGCCUCCUCACAGGAACUUCAGCCGGUGUGCCCGUCUCCAGCGACGACGUCGAACCUGCGAAGGCGAAGAGCCACAACGAAAAAGCCAUCGCGCAUGGCCUCUUGACCUCGCUCGAGGCAUCAAUCAAAUUCAACGCACUGCGCCGUGCUGCAACCCGCAGUGGACAGAAAGACCUGAAGAGGAUGAUCGAGGCAACGCUCGACACUGCUGAUGAUCUUGGAGUUGGACUCCAGCUGUUUUACAACACCCAGAUCUUUCUGAUUGCUUUCAGCUUGCUGGGUUUCGGCGUGGCCUACUUCUUCCUGCGCAUACUUACGCCAGGUGCGACGUUGACCGAAUUGAUGGAGGAGGCUGCCGUUUGCCCCACCUCCCUGCAGCAGCUCAGGAGUUUCGAGGAGCAGGUCAUCUCUCGAGAGACGCUUCGUGCCGAACGCGGCCAAGUGAUGGGUAUGGUCUUGUGGUUCUUCGGUGUAUGGCUUUCUUGGGGGUUCCACUACUACCAGAAAGUGUACAUGAGAAAGUACGAUGCGCAGCAUCAGACGUCCGACGAUUACACGCUGAUGUUGGAAGAUGUGCCUCGUGAGGUGACCUCGGAGCGCGCUUUGCAGGAACGCCUGGAAGCCGAGCUCAGCGUCCAGGGCGGCAUCUACGGUGUGUGCAUCUUGUACGACCUGCUUCACGUCCCCGCUGAAAUCCGAGAACGGAUCGAAGCCAUGUUGGAGCACAUCAUCGAGUGGGACGACAUGUGCAAUGGCUGGGCCAAGCAGGAUUUCUCGGUGUCCAAACAACAGCUCAAGCUGGAAUUGGAAAACGAUGCCGCAGAUUUCCAGAACAUCCUGCGUGAGCACUUGAGGCCUGGAUAG